AUGGAGCAAAAGCAGCCGAGAGCCUCGCGAAGGUCUGUAUCGUUCAAUCCAGAAGCACCAACUUUCAGUCCAACUGCAGCCGAGACCAGCAUGUCCACUGGACUUGCAGGACCAACUCCGCCUACCAGCCCGCGACAGAAGCCGAAGAUGGGAGACGUAUUCGAUGAAGACUCGUCGCCUUUCCGGCCUACUAGGGAUCUGCGACCUAACUACCAAGGCUACGAAGAGCUCAAGUUCGGAGCAACCUCGCGGAAGCCACGCAAGCAGGAGGACAUGCCGUUAGAUUCUCUCCAGGAGAUGUUUCAAGGUAACGUCGAUCUUAUCACAAUGCGAGGAUCGAAGCUGACUUAUCUAGACCACCACAUCACUAUGAACCGUGAACGACCCGGUGCAAUCUCUCGCAGGAACCUCACUGGAAAUUAUAUCAACAGCCCGCGUAGCCUCUUCUCUGGUCAUCGACUCAACCCCGACUCCAAGGCGCCAGACGUCGGCGAGUUGAGUGUGGGCCUCGGUCUCCCUGGUAUCAAGAAACAGGCAACUGAGGUCGACUCCUCAGCACGCUCCCAGAAGUCCCGCGUCUCUGAAGGUCUUCAAGAAGGCGUCUUUGGUAAGCUCAUAGACCGGGCGCUGGACAAGCCGUUAACCGCGAAUACCCUAGCCCAAUACCUUCAUGGCAAGGAAGCACCGUCUGAUGACGCGAAGACACCUCUGAGUCGCAAGAGCUACAUUCAAGAUCGCUAUCCAGAGCGUGCGGAUGAGGAGCGCCAGUCUACCAAAGUGGUCCCCGCGCCUCCGGGCUUCAUGGGCGAACGUCCUCGUAGGAUCUUCGCGGAGGAGCGUAGCUCUAUCAGCCCAGCGGUCAUGCAGUCACCACUACAGCAAGUACCUACAGGUCCUGCGGGAUUCGGACAGCCUCGUCGCUUCAGCAACCUCCAGACUCCCAACUGGCCGCCCCUACGUCCACGAGCACUCACUCGUACCAAGCGCACUGAUCAAGGUCCCGAGCCUUCGCACGCAGAUAUCUACCCCGACGAUGCGAACUUCAUGCCGCGCCGCCAGUCCUACCAAGCAGAGCCUACAGAGAGGUUCCAAGGUUUCAUGCCGGCGCUGCUUCCCGAGCGACCCUUUCGUGCAGAAAACACUGUAGUCUGGCCCACUCCCGCAGAAAUGCAUGCACAGAAGCCUAACAACCAACAGAGACGCAGCGGCUUCCCUCGCCAUGUCCCAGCAGUGGAGAACCCUACGCCCGUAGUACGAUGGUCCCCACCAGAACCUUCUUCCAUGGCUCACUACAUGCAGCAGUUUGGAGAGUCCUCCCACCCUUUCGCCUUCACUUUCCCGGCUCCGGCUCCCUCUGCCACGCCGCCGUUCGACAUCUUCGAGAAUCACCAUGCCCCCACGUAUGCUGACAUCCACGAGACUGACGCCGAGAUGGAGUGCCUCCUAGGUAUUCUUCCCGACCUCUUCGACCUUGAUCUGCCUGAGAUGCCGUCGGACGCGCGCCCCCUCACUCCUGGUCAGAACGACGGUACUCGGUAUGGCCUCAAGUACUACGGCAUCGGUCUGGGUGAUACUUGGGCUUGCCCUGUUGCGCGUGAGGACGAGCCGUUCAGGGUCCGUCCCCGUGAUCAUGAUAGCUGGGGUGGAUGGCAGUGGGCUAUCGACAGGGGUUGGGGCAACGAGUAA